AUGGCUGGGGACUCCUUACAUAAUAUGGCUCUUCCUCCAGAGCAUGGUAAGGUUUCUAUAGAGGUAGUGCAACGACAUGAGGAGGACUCUGCACUGCCUAUCCCAAAUGGAGAAGCAAACCUGUAUUCCCUGAGAGAUGCCAUUGGUACUUAUGUUGCUUGGCAAUUGUCCCUAAUCAUUUUAAGACCCAAGGUAUGUAAACGUGUUUCUUUUCAGGUUGCCCAUUCAUUAGGUAAUGGGUUAGGGAAAGAGACAAGCUACUCAAAAGAGUCCAUUGUUGGUCCAUCUAAUAAAGGUAGCAUUAGUUGUGUGUCAUCGGAGAUUCUUAAGUUGGCAGAAGCCCAAGGUGCUGCAUGCUUGGAUAUGAUGAAGCUGUUUGUGAGAAGUGAUCAAGCCAAUGAUACAGCUACAUUUCAACUGACAAGUGAGCACUGGGGUAAAGAGUUUUGUGACAUUGUGGGGAAGAAAAACAUCAUAGAGGUCAUACGUCGACAUUGGUUGAGUGCCUCUAGCAUUAACCUUUACAUACGAUAUUUGUGUGAAGCUUAUUUGCAUGGGACAAUGGCAAAUAGAUUCUCAUUUAUAUUCAUAAUGGAUGAAGCGCUCAAUCCGAACCCACAUCAACAUAUAGCUGAAAUGUUGAAGCGUCAUAUGGGUGAAGAUCACUUGAUUUUUGCACCUUAUAAUGUUGGGCAACAUUGGGUCUUGGUUGCCAUCAAUACUGCUGACGAGACUAUCUAUUACAUAGACUCUCUACGCAAGCAGCUGAAGAUUAGAACACACAUGCAAAACCUAUUUAAUAAGUAA